GUCCGCUUACAGACUCGUAAUUGCAUUCACGAUAGCCGCAGAUAGUUUCUGGAGUUAUUUUGCUGCGAAUUUCAUGUUCUCAUGUCUGACUUCGCGGCUAAAAUGUGAAGGCACACGCUAUGUUCAGCAUGUUGUUGGUUGGGAAAAUCAAAGCAUUUGAUAGUAAAGAAUCAUGGCAUCAUCACUUUCUUCUUUUGCUAUCACUAAGACAUUCUCAAAGUUUACAUCAACUCAACAGCCAAAUGGCCUAAAUCCUGGAAAUCAGAGACCAAAUGCAGUUUUGAUAAGAUGUGAAUCUUCAGAAGACCAAUUAUCAGUGGGAAAAGAUGUGGCAGCAAAAGGUUCAAAGAAGUUGCAGAUAGGGUCGCCCAUUAUUGUCAUAGAGGCUCCCAAGGUCAUAAAGACUGCAGCUUCUGUCCCUUGUCUUAGGGCUAAUUCUGGCUUGGUCAAGCCCGGUGAUGUUGGAAGAAUCGUAUCAAGGAAACCCAAAGAUGUGUGGGCAGUGAGGCUUAGCAUUGGGACCUAUCUCCUAGAUGGGAAAUACUUCAAGCCCUUAGACAUGGCUGACUUUAGCUGAAUCUGGGGCGUAAAAAUUGUAUAUAUGCCUUACUGCAUAUUUUCACUACAUUGAGUAAAUUUGUCAUGUCUCUUCUGUUUUCCCCACUA